AUGGCGGACUCGACGGAAAUUCCGUGCAUCGCCAUCGCCCCCAAGGCACCACAUACACAUACUGUCGUCUUUCUGCACGGCCGUGGCGACAAUGUACACAACUUUACUCGGGCGCUAAACUUUUGGCGCGAUUCCCAAGGCAAAACACUAGCUGAUAGGUUUCCUUCUUUCCGCUGGGUGUUCCCUCAGGCCCCAAAACGCCAAUGUGCGACGUCUUCAGACAUCUGGCCGCAAUGGUUUGAUGUCUGGAAUGUCCGAAAUUUUGCCGAUCACGAAGGACUCCAGGCUAUUGGGCUCAAAGAGGUUGUUCCAGCUAUACGAAACAUUUUAAACAGCGAGUCCUCUCUGUUAGGAGGGCGGUUUGAUCGCAUCGUCCUAGCAGGAAUAAGUAUGGGCGCAGCCACUAGCGUCCACACACUGUUCAAUCUAGACGUGCCAGCAACUCAAGGCGGCAGGCUUGGAGCGUUUUUAGGAUUCUCCUGUCGCUGUCCAUUUGCUGGUAGAACAUUAUCCGAGAUGCGAGAUGUACUCGAUUUGGAUUGUGUUCCCGAUCAUGACAAUACUCUACGAAAUACACCAAUGUUGCUUGAGCACUGCGUUGACGAUCCGCUAGUAUUGGUUGAAAAUGGCCGUGGGUUACGGGACAUUUUGCGUGGUCAUGUUGUCGACCGACCGUCUACAUCUGUCUCGAACUCUCAGUCAAACGACCCACAGCUUGCUGAACCUUUAUACUCACUGAAUCAUGUGGAGGAUACUCAAAAUCCGGCUCCGGAGGACGAUCGCGCGUACUACACCCCGUAUGGGCAGUUUGCUGGCGACAUUACAGCCGCAGUAGACGACAGAGCGGGCCUCGCUCCGUCGCCAGUCAUUACAAGUCUAGUCCCCUUUGUGGAUGCACCACUAUUUGGAGAAAUAGAGUGGAGCCAUUCAGGUAGUGGUAUUGGAUCGCCCACAAAGUUACCUCCCCGUGCAUAUGCCGAUAGACUCGUGGGUGUAUACUGGCAACAUGUCCACCCAAUCGAGUCAAUCCUUGACAAAAAACAGUUUUUACGCGACUACGAGGGUAUAUGCAACUCGCACAAUACUUCUGUCGACGGCAAUUGCACACUUAAACUCAGUAUAAUUAAUCUUGUCUUUGCUUUAGCGGUACAGAGGCAGGAAACGAUCCCUGUACAACAGCGUGAUGAUGAGGCCAAUAGCUAUUUUCUGCGUGCAUGGGCGCUUCUUCCUCUAGAAAGAGUUUUGUGGGAGUCUGGCUCGCUCGAGAUGGUUCAAUGCUUGAUGCUUAUGAAUAGAUAUCUUCACUGUACCAACAAUCGACAAAAGACCUGGACGACGGCGGGUUUAGCAAUGCGAAUUGCUCAGAGCUUGCGCUGCUUUCUCGCCUAUGACUCUUCGUCCAAGGAGUCUACCAAGGAUCGGAAACUGAAACAACAGAUAUGGGCAAGCUGUGUUGGACUCGAUAGAUGCGUGUCGUGGUCACUCGGCACGAUAUCCACUUCAUUCCCGGUCCUUCCAUGGCAAAGCACUGAAGGAUCCGAUCCCACACCUUUAAAUGACGGUCAACAAGACAAAAGUAACAUGGAACAUCUGUACUUGGAAAUUUAUGAGAUUGGAAACCAAAUCCAAUUAGCACAGACGCAAACUCGGAAUACUUUUGGAGCUAAGUUGGGUCUACCACGUCCAUACCGACAAGAACAGUACCACUCUGUGGCAGUGCAGUUAGACACUUGUCUUGAUAGGUGGGAGAGUAAACUUCCUACUCACUGGAAGUUGCAGAAUCUCCCACUGGUCAUUGAUAGGGUCUCUCGGACACAUGGGUAUCUGUUGCAAUUUCGACCGCUCUUGGCACGUGUCUACUCUAUCAACUUUGACAUGGUGCAAAAUCAAACGUCAACUAACCCAUCGAGCCUAAGUGAUCGGGUUAUCAAAGACUGUGCUACAGUUUGUGUCGAGGCAGCACAAAAGCUCACAAAGAUGAUCAUCGAGAUACUAGMCCCUUACGAGCCAAUGGGUCUCCUGCCAUGGUGGUAUCGCAUCUACUAUUUGCAUAUCGCAGGAACCCACUUUUUGGCAGCAAUGUUUUCGGCUGAGCUUUUCACCGAGUCGGUGUCGAAGUCGUGGGAUGAUGUUUUGUCGGCCCUCCGAGCACAUGAACAUCUGAGUACAUACGUAUCACAAUGUAUCAGGAAGUUUGAGGCUCUAUCAACGAGGAUUGCUCAAACAAGAAGAAGUAAGGAUGAGGGCAACAGCGAUUUUCCCCUCGAGUUUCAAGGUGCCGAUAUUUUCAGCAAUGAUAUCUUCCAGGACUUGGGCUGGAACUUUGACGAUUUUCUCUACGAUAGCGGAGCUAUGAUGGACGGCUAG